AUGGUUGUGUUAGAUGUGAUGAACUUUCUAGUGAAACAAGGUUUGCCUUUCCGUGGACAUGAUGAGUCCUUAAGCUCAUUGAACAAGGGCAAUUUCCUUGAGCUGCUCGAGUGGUAUAGCCUACGGAAUGAUAAGAUUACAUGGGCUAUUGUUGAUGAUAUUAGAGAUAAGUAUUUUUCUCUUAUGAUUGAUGAAGCCCGGGAUGUGUCAGUGAAGAAGCAAAUGGGAGUUAUUCUGCGAUAUGUGAAUAAUAAUAGAUUGAGGAGACAAGGAUAUAAUGUGGAUUCAAAUAUGCGAGGAGAGUUCAAUGGUUUGAAGACACUUGUCCUAAAAGAAAAUCCAUACACAAGCGUAAAGGCUCGGCUUCAAGACUUGAGUGAGACGGGAUGGGAGGCAUUUUUGGAGGAAGUUAGCUCUUUUUGUAAAGAAAACUCAAUCCCAGUGCCUAAUAUGGAGGAAAAUAUGCGAAUCUGUGGUCGUUCUAGACAGGAAGAGCAAGUCAGCACUCAUUUUCACCAUUACCACGUUGAAAUUUUCUGCGAGGUCAUUGAUUUGAUUGCACAAGAAAUGCAAAACUGUUUUUCAGAAACUAGCACAGAAUUACUUCUUCUUUUGUCAUGCCUUGAUUCAAUGGACUCAUUCUCCAAAUUCAACAUCCAUAAGCUACUUCGUCUUGUUGAGCUUUAUCUUGAAGAUUUUACAAUGACUGAGCACAUGAUGCUUGAGGAUUAA